UUGCAUAUCCUUUUACCUCUCGAUAGCUCCUCUCAACUCUACCUCUCAAUCGUUCCUUUCUACCCAUCUUCCAUCUGUCACACUUUUCACUAGAUCCUGAGCUUGACUUUUCUGGCAUCCUCAUUUGUCGAUUGCUCCUAUCUACCCAUUUUCUUCAUAUGCAGAUUGCUCCAUCCCCAACUCUCUUCCUUUUAGGGUUUUUCUUUAUUGUUUUGGGUGCUCCAGUUAUGGAAUUUGAUACUUCUCUCCAUGUUAAACCCCCAAAAUGUGAUGUCUUGACACCAUUGUGGAAUCUCCAUUUUCCAUUUUGAGACCCAAAACCAAAUCAAUUCAUCUCCUUCUCUCAGAGAUUAAAGCUGAUAUUGAAACAAAAGGAGAAUUCAUCAACAAUGUCAUCCAAAAAGUUUCAGAUGCUGUUUAUAUAGAUAUAGAAGAUGUCCUGAAGUUUGUGGAUUGGCUUGACAAUGAACUUUUGUCUUUGGUUGUAUACUUAUUUGGAUUCGGGGUUCCUUUGUUCGUUGACAAUAGUGAACAAACUUAUUUGGAAGUUGGGAGCUAAUGUGGAUAAUGAAGGAGAUGCAUUUGAUGUCCAUGCCCAAGCUAAAACAGGGGAGGGCAAACAACUCUACCCUUGAAUAUGACCCUAUUGUAUUUUCAAGUGAUGAGGCUUAUGCAAGUGACUGGAGGAUUAAUUUUUGUUAGAUUGAUUUGAGGUUGCACUAAUUCCUUCAUAUCAAUGGUUCAUUGUUUUGGAAUUAAACAUG